AUGCCCGCUUCCCCAAAAGCUCCAACGAUGUCAAGGCAACAGGCCCCACCGCGCUCUUACUCUUUGGCCACCGGCAUCGCUGCAAAGCUCUCCCAGCCCAUCAAUUCUUCCUUGCCCGACCUCCCUCGCAUAAUGUCGUCCGGCAUCGAUACAAAUCUCCUGACCCCUGUCUCGAGCGCCCACUCAUCAUCGACAACCCCAGCCUUUGGUCCCUUCUCCGAGUCCGAAGCUUCCUUUUACACCAGCGCUUCCUCCGUCGAGUCUUCCUGCGAGUCGUCGGACGGCCUUGCCAGCCCUUGGCCUAGAAGGCUCAGCGGCCCCGGUGGCAAAAUCGCAGGACCUGCGCCCAGCGUUCUCCCCGUCGUUGUGCGACCCGACUCCCUGACCUCCUCUACCGACGAGGAGAUGCCUACGCGAUCAGCUUGGACGACUUCACCAGUUCGUCGUCAUUCCUCCAAACGCUAUGGCUGGUCCAAGCAGCCCACUGAGGCUUACCCUCUGCCUGUCUCGCCCAACGCCAACGCGAGUCGGUACUCGGUCGCCUCAUGCCCGACUCCGAACUCGCACCCCUCUGGCCCUUCCAUUCGCGUGUGCGAGUCGUCUCGCGGCGCUCCCCGACUGUCUUUCGUUAGAGACGGAAUGGAGUCUCCUCCGCAAAAGACCCUCGAAUUCGGCGCCAAGAUGACGAACUCUCCAACUUCCAAGGAGUCGCCCAGCUCAGGAGAGCCGUCACCCACUGGCGCUCGUAAGCGUCGUCUCAACGCUCUUCGCGGGCUUGUCGCUAACCUCGACUUUGCCCAACCGUGGAGCAUCGUUGACCAGCCGCAUCACGAUGAGACUGGCAAGUACUUCUGGGCGUGCCCUGGCGAUCCUCCUCCCCAGCUCGAGUUAUCUCUAGGCACCAAGUUCGAUGGCAAGUUUGAGGUCGAUGAGCCUACCCCAACUAGCCCAGACCUUGGCUCACCCGUCGAGUCGGACACGGACUCGCAGUCUUGGGGUCACAGCAAGUCGAAGUCAUUUAGCCGGUCGCUCAUCUCGGUUGUUCAUGAUGAUGAUGACGACAACCGCGAGCGGUCGAUCUCGCCCCCAUUCCCCAUGGUGGACCGACCUGCUAGCACUACGCCUCGUGCAGCGCCGAAGAAAGCUUGGCCCGCUGACAAGUGCCUCCAGUACCCACCUCUUACCGCCCAAAACAUCGGCACUGGCUCGCUCGACUUCUCGCCUCCGCAACGCCAGGAGUCGUUCCACGUUCGUCACACGGGCUACACUAAGAGUACUCGGCCUGUGAUGCCCCGCGUCGAGACCGGACGCACGUGGCGGGAGGCCCUCAACGACAGCGACAUCUACCAGAACAUUGUCUCUCAGGAGGACGGAGAGAAGGAGGUCAAACGCCAGGAGGUCAUGUUCGAGUUCUGUGAAACCGAGCAUGCCUUUGUGCGAUCAUGCCGUGACGUUCUCCGCCUUUUCGCCCACCCACUCAAGACCCCCGAUGGAGUCUGGAUGUCCGGUAUUCCCACUCACGCUUGCGAGCUCUUCGAUCUGCUCGAGAAACUCACGGACACCCACGACGAGCUCGCCAGGGCACUGCAGGGUCUUCCUCGUACGAACGGCACGGUGCAGGUUGGCCAAUUCGUGACGGCCAUGCGGCCUUGGAUUGAGAAGCUCAGCUGCCAUGAACCGUACAUCGCCUCGUUCCACCCCGUUUCGCAGUUCCUGGACGAGGAGACCCGGAACGAGAUGAGCAACUAUGGCGAAUUCCUCCGUAUGCAGACUCGCAACCCUGCCAUGGGCGCAAUGGGUCUGACCAGCAUGCUCCUCAAGCCUAUUCAGCGAUUGACAAAGUAUCCCUUGAUGCUUCACCGCCUGCUCGACGCCACUCCGGUGGGCCACCCCGACCACGCCGCUGUUUCUGAGUUAAUUGAAGCCACCGAGACCGUUCUCUCACACCUUGAGACCUGCAAGGCACGGGAGGAUGAGUUCCAACAGCUCGUUAGCAUUCAACAGCGUUGUGACGGUCUGCCGCUCGACUUUAGGCUUGCGACUCGUGGCCGUCGCCUCUUGGGACAUGCCCAGGUUGUCCGCGCGUACGCAAAGGACGCGGUGGUGCAUCCGGGGGCUCACUUCACCCGCUCCCACACUUUGAAGAACAUUCGUUCGUCUCUUCAAUCUGCUCUGGGCGCAGCCAGCACCACCGACCUUGCCGCCUAUGCCGGGUUCACUUCGUCCGACGCUUCCGAGGUCAAGGAGCGUCCCAGCCGCCGGUCCACCCGUGACUCUACCACUACCACAUCCUCUGCGACUUCAGCCACCUCGUCGACUCAGUCCCUCGCGUCUUCCUUACCGCGUCGCCCUCCUGUUUCGCGUGGCGCCUCGCUUAUCUCCUCCGACGGGACGCCUCCCCCCAGCAAGUCACCCUCCAUCCGCAAAGCUCGUCGCGACGACGUCUACACCAUGUUGAUCUUUAACGACGUUAUUCUGAUCGCCCAGCCUAUGGCCGACCGUGGAAAUCUUUUCCGCACGAAGAAGUCCGACCUGGCUCGUCUGCGUUUGGUCCCAGUGGCUGAGGGCGGGCUUGGCAGUGUCGAUGACAUGAAGAUGCUGGUCGGAAACGGAACUGCCGAGCAGUUCGCCCUCACUGUGCGGGGCCAUCACGGACCUGUCAACACGACAACGUACGCCCUGGUUCCUCCGACUUCUUCGUUAUCGCGUAGAACGCAGCGAAGUGCAGCGAUUGGAAGCGACGGGAUCGCCACGGUUGACGACCUCGUCGAGACAAUCGGCAGCAUGACUCGUUGA